CAUUGGAUUUUCCACUCCCGUGAUGGAGUCCUGUCAACAAGCCAUUUCGUUUCCAUAUUAUCUAUAAAAAAAACAGCUCAAAAUCUCUCCCCUCGAUGUAACGGGCAAUCAUUAGCUUUGCACUGAACCAAGCAGAACCUCUUCCCUUCUCCAAUCGUCAAAAUCUUGUUCAAAGUAUAUAGCUUUAAUGGCAUCCUUCUCAAAUGGGACACACCACUUGCACAUAACAAACCGAUUCAAGAAACAAUCAUUCCAUUCUCUAUCUUCCACCCAUCUAUCGUCACUACCUUAUAAGUCUUGUUUUGGUUCAUCUUUGUGUAAAUUUAGAGGUUCAAGAACUCUUGGUAAUGAACUACUUGCUAGAGCUGAAGACAAGGCUAAAGGGUCGUCAUCAUCACCUCCACCUUCUUAUCCUUCAAAUGAGCAACAAGGUCAACAGCUCAACAUCGAUAAACAGCUUCAGGAGCUGGAACAAAUAUCUGGAUCAUGUGACCCUUUGUGCUCACUUGAUGAAACAAGCUCCCGAGAUUUUGAAGCCAACUACCAGCCAAAAACUGAUUUGGUGAAAGCUCUUGCAAUUUUUGCUGCAGCUGGAACAGGGGCGGUGGCAAUCAACCAUUCUUGGGUGGCUGCCAAUCAGGAUCUUGCUAUGGCAUUGCUUUUUGGAAUAGGAUAUGCAGGCAUUAUCUUUGAAGAGUCUCUAGCCUUCAAUAAAAGUGGAGUGGGAUUAUUGAUGGCUGUGAGUUUAUGGGUAAUAAGAAGCAUUGGGGCUCCUUCACCUGAUAUAGCUGUUUCAGAGCUGACACAUGCUUCUGCAGAAGUCAGUGAAAUAGUAUUUUUCCUGCUUGGUGCAAUGACCAUUGUAGAGAUAGUUGAUGCACAUCAAGGAUUUAAGCUGGUUACAGACAAUAUAACCACUCGAAAGCCAAGGACUCUUCUUUGGGUGGUUGGUUUUGUGACAUUUUUCCUUAGUUCAGUCCUCGACAACCUGACAUCUACUAUUGUCAUGGUUUCUUUAUUGAGGAAACUAGUACCUCAAUCAGAAUAUCGCAAGCUUCUUGGAGCUGUUGUUGUGAUUGCAGCAAAUGCUGGUGGUGCCUGGACUCCAAUUGGUGAUGUUACAACCACCAUGCUAUGGAUACAUGGGCAGAUAUCCACAUUGCCAACCAUGAAGGGCUUGCUUGUACCCUCUGCUGUUUCUCUAGCUGUCCCACUGUCUCUAUUGUCCCUGACCAGUGAAGUAAACGGAAAGGGACAGGACUUGCAGAAUGUUUUGGCAUCUGAGCAGAUGGCUCCUCGAGGACAGCUUGUUUUCUCUGUGGGUAUUGGAGCUUUAAUUUUUGUUCCUGUGUUCAAGGCCCUGACCGGAUUGCCUCCUUUCAUGGGUAUGCUGCUUGGGCUUGGAGUUCUUUGGAUUCUCACAGAUGCUAUUCAUUAUGGCGAAUCAGAAAGGCAAAGGUUAAAAGUACCACAGGCUUUAUCGCGGAUUGACACUCAAGGAGCCCUUUUCUUCCUUGGAAUCCUUUUAUCUGUGAGCAGUCUGGAGGCAGCAGGGCUUCUUCGUGAACUAGCAAAUUACCUUGAUGCACAUAUUCCAAAUUUUGAACUGAUUGCAAGUGCAAUAGGAGUUGGAUCAGCAAUUAUAGACAAUGUUCCACUGGUUGCAGCAACAAUGGGAAUGUACGAUCUCUCCUCUUUCCCGCAAGAUCAUGAAUUUUGGCAGUUAAUUGCAUUUUGUGCUGGAACCGGUGGUUCCAUGCUAGUUAUUGGCUCCGCCGCUGGAGUUGCUUUUAUGGGGAUGGAAAAGGUGGACUUCUUUUGGUACCUGCGGAAGGUGAGUGGUUUUGCUUUUGCUGGUUAUGCUGCUGGUAUUGCUGCCUAUUUAGCUGUUCAUAACUUCAGCAUCUCCCUACCAACAACUCUAGCAGAGCUUCCUUUCCUCUCAGGUUCAUAAACUCUAGUACUCGGUCUCUGAUGGUUCACUGGCUUUAAAGGGAUGUGGCCAUCCGCAUCAGAUUAAACUGGUGAUAAACCCGAAUGGCAAAUGGGUUCCCUGAUGUUAAACAGUUCUGAGCACUUGAACGAGCGAAUAUGAAUUAGAUACGAUUUGUGUUUUCAUUAGAUACAUGUCGUCGACAGAUCAAUUUAUGCUUGCCUUCGACCUGGUAGAAGCCAAAAACAUCUUUUGUUCUUUAGAACAAUUUCGAUUA